AUGUCAGGUUCUCGUCGCACAUCCCGUCGCAUCGCCGCCGCGCGCGCCGAUACUUCUCCUUACUCGGCCAAGAAGUCCACUCGCCCCCUCUCGAUCAACACUCGCGCGCGCCUCUAUGCCCCUUCGCUAGGCUCCAGCUCCAGCUCUGGUCAAGCCGUGCCGGAGCACGAUAUUGACACCGACAUCUCUUUGGUGGAACCUGGGUCGGAGUCGCACCACGAACGCAUCUGCGUGUCAGAAGAGGCCCCUGCUGCCGACAUCGAAGCUGGCGCAGCUUCGUCCUCGGAGGCAUCCCCGGCGUCAGAGCACGAGUCAUUGGAGUCAUACAAGGCCGCUCUGGCUGUGGCGCUGGCUGAAGUGAAGGCGCUCAAGACCAAGCUGAGCUCUGUCAACGAGGAGAAGGAUAUCGCAUUGUCCUGCAAUGUUUGCUUCACAGCUGACUCGAGACCCCGAGUCCUUCUUUGCGGCCAUGUAACUUGCGAGUCCUGCCUGGUCGCCAUGUAUCGCCACGCGCCCCUCAAAUUCCUUCUUGAAUGCCCUCUCUGCCAGAAGGGCAUCAGCAUCAGCAGUGCUCGCCCGCCCAUCCUGUGCUACCAGCUGCGAGAUGCUUGGGCACUUGGUAGGGGAUCUGCGCCAUCAGAGGCGGAAGAAUUCAUUUGGCCUCCUCCUCAAGCCGUCGCUUCGAACUCGGCCUCGUCGUCUGAUGACGAUGAUCCCCUCCUGCUCCCGCCCCGCUCUCCGCUUCGUACCUACCUUGACCGUCCUGGCAGGCGUGGCCGCCGCAAUGUUACCUUCAGCUGA